GAAACGUCACUUCUUCUGCCUGCAACAAGCGCGGCAAACCUGUUCGUGCAUGUUCGUUUUCAUCAUAACGGAACUAACGCCGAUAGAAAACAAAGGCAAGUUUGGGAAGCUGUUUUCUUUCACCUGAAACACACAUCUCCAUUUUGUUUCACGACUUUAACACGAAAACAAACUAAACACAGCCUUGAGCAUGUCCGAGCGGCUCCAGGAUGACGCGUGGGAUGUGGGGAACCUGUUCGAUCAACUAUGGGAGGAAUCGCUCAAGCAGCGCAUCAUCGAGCCUACCCAGAACCAGCCGGACAAGGAUAAGAUACCAGAAAUUAUUAAGCGCGAAAUCGAUGAGUUUCUGCGCACGUUCCCGUUUCACGACCGGCUUAAGCUGCAACCCGACACAAAGGACAACGCCAACGCGGUUGCGGCCCGUAACCGUGGCAAUGAACUGUUCGCCACGGAAGGUGAGUGCUUGAAGUCGCUCCAGCACUACAACGAGAGCAUCGCGUGCUCGGAGCCAGGUUCGGAAACCAGAGCACUUUCGUACGGCAACCGGUCGGCGGUCUGUCUAAGGUUAGACAUGUACGAGGAGUGUUUGGAAACCAUACGCCUAGCGCGAGCCUCGAACUACCCGGCGCGAUUGGCGGACAAGCUGAACAAGCGCGAGCAGCACGUGAAGCGACGCAUCGAGGAAAUGUAUGCAGAACCUUGCGACGGAAAACCAAUCGAGUUUGGCAAGCAUCGGCCACGUUACAUGGUCCAUCCGGAACUGAAGUUGAGCUACGAGGCACACGCAAACGUCCCUCAGUUGGUGAAAUGUGUGGAGCUGCGCCAGAACAGUGAAGUCGGUCGUCAUUUGGUGACGACGCAGAAACUAAAGGUGGGAGACGUCCUGCUGAUUGAGAAGCCGUACGCUAGCAUGCUGAAUGAUCAGGAACGGUACAAGCGUUGUGAUUUCUGUCAGAAUGAGGACAGGUUUACGCUCAUUCCUUGCGAGGGAUGCACCGUGACAAUGUACUGCUCGAAGGAAUGUAUGGACAAAGCGCACAAGCAGUAUCAUCGGUACGAGUGUGGUGUGCUGCGUGACUGUUGGCGCAUGAUUGGCUCCUUGCCGGGGGGAAUAAUGGGAUUGCGUACGGUUGCUACGGCUUUUGCAUCCUUCGAGCAGGAUCUGGAGGGUUGGAUCGAUCACCUGAACACGCUGGACGAAGCGAAGGUGAAUGCAUUCACGGUGGACUGGAACGAGAUAACAGACAGCGAUAUGUACGACACGGUACACGUGCUCGCCACGAACCAGAAACGGCGGAGUUGCAAAGAUCUGGCGAUGCUCAUAUUUUUCGCUUCAAUCGUGCACCGACUGCUGCUGGAGCGUACUGAGCUCGGAACGUUGUGUGAGUCAAACCCGGCAAGAAGCAAACUUCUGUUCGAUCUGCUGCUACGCCACGUGCAAACGUCCCCGAUUAACAAGAAGCAGGUGUCACAUAUGAAGUGUUGUGAGAUCGACCAGGAAGACGAGUAUGAGUUUAAUAAUUUUGGGUACGAUAGCGACGACGAGGAUAUAUUCGAAGAGCGAACGCAUGCGAUUGCCGUUUACCCCUUGUUUAGCAUGGCGAACCAUAGCUGCAUACCGAACGUGGCCCCGAUCCAUCUGCUCGAUGGCCGGUGUGCCUUUGUAGUCAGCCGACCGAUCGCUGCCGGAGAGCAGCUGUUCGACGUCUAUGGCUUCGGUACAACGGAGUUCGACAGCUCGCUCCGUUUACUUUGCCUGGAACAAUGCUACUACUUCAAGUGUCGCUGCGCAGUGUGCGAAUCAUGUUCGUACGUCAGUGUGCGCAAUAUGAACCAAGAGGAAGAAAAGUUUCUCCGGGCGAUGAGUAAUUCGGUGCAGAUGAGGAAUCAUCUGCCGAAGCUGAUAGAGCACAUGAACGAGGUGGGAAGGUGUUAUCCGAAGCAUCAGUAUACGGCCGCGGAAGUGAUGCUGGUGCGUAGCUUGCGCAUCAUUCACAGCUACUCGCUGGAGGAUGAUGCGGAAGACGAGUUUGGGAACUUUGGUGUACUGGGCAGUAGUGAUGGGUAAAUACAAUUUUUUCCCGGUGACCGGAGUAAUCCGGAGUGAUCCGGACUGAUCCGGAGUCGAAUCCAGUUAUGAUCCGGAGCCGGAAUCAUAUUUUGCGCACCGGAGUCGGAGUUGAUCCAUGACUCCGCUCCGGAUUACCCAUCACUACUGGGCAGCCGCUUUGAAUGAUUAUGAUUAUGUUGCGGAUUUUGCCUUUUGUUCGAUUUAGCUCACCUUCGCAUGGGAAGAAGUAAUCUGCUGAAAUGUCAUCUUUUCUUUAUAUAUCAGAAUCUUAUCGAAUUUCCGUGAUUGUUUUUGUUACAUGAAAAAUAUACUUUUUUAUUAUUUUUACUACAAA